GCGUGGCGGCGCGACCGCCAUCUUGUGGUGUUGGGACUGAGGAAUUGCUUCGGCUGUGAGAGAUUCUCCGUCCGGGAUCGCAGGCUGCGAGCUCUAUCCAGUGGCGGGAGCGUGACUUCGCCUCCCCUUUCUCCUGCUUUGCCAAAGUACAAACUAGCAGAUUAUCGCUAUGGGAGAGAAGAAAUGUUAGCACUUUUCCUAAAGGAUAAUAAGAUACCUUCAGACCUUCUGGAUAAGGAGUUUCAGCCUAUUUUACAGGAGGAGCCCCUGCCACCACUGGCACUUGUACCUUUUACAGAAGAAGAACAGAGAAAUUUCUCCAUGUCUGUAAACAGUGCUGCUGUCCUGCGGUUGACGGGACGAGGAGGAGGAACGGUGGUAGGGGCUCCUCGAGGUCGAAGUUCCUCUAGAGGUCGAGGCAGAGGCCGAGGAGAGAGUGGUUUCUACCAAAGAAGUUUUGACGAAGUGGAGGGUGGAUUUGGGCGAGGAGGAGGCAGGGAAAUGCAUAGAUCUCAGAGCUGGGAGGAAAGGGGAGACAGGCGGUUUGAAAAACCAGGGCGAAAAGAUCCAGUGAGACCAAAUUUUGAGGAAGGUGGGACAACAACAACAGGGCGGAAACACGAGUUUAUUCGCUCUGAGAGCGAGAACUGGCGCAUCUUCAGGGAGGAGCAAAAUGGGGAAGAUGAUGAUGGAGGCUGGAGACUGGCUGGGUCACGGAGGGAUGGUGAGAGGUGGCGUCCUCAUAGUCCAGACGGUCCUCGUUCUGCAGGCUGGCGAGAACCUAUGGAGAGACGGCGAAGGUUUGAAUUUGAUUUCCGAGACCGGGAUGAUGAGCGGGGUUACCGACGAGUGCGGUGUGGCAGUGGCAGUAUGGAAGAUGACAGGGACAGUCUCCCUGAAUGGUGCUUGGAAGAUGCAGAAGAAGAAAUGGGAACAUUUGACUCAUCUGGGGCUUUUCUCUCAUUAAAGAAGGUUCAGAAGGAGCCAAUCCCCGAGGAACAGGAAAUGGAUUUCCGACCUGUGGAAGAAGGUGAGGAACCUUCUGACUCUGAAGGGGGUCAUGGUGAAGAAGCCAAAGAGCUUGAAAAGACUACCAAGAGGGAGGGGGAUAAAAGAGAUACAAUAACAGCAGAGGCAGCAGAAGAAGCAGUCAGAGCAUCUUCGCCGUCUACCCAGUCAGGUACUCCACCAAAACUCCAGCCACAAGAACCACUACAGGCCAGUCUAUUUGAGAGGAAGGAAGAGUGUGUACCAGAACGAACAGAAAAAAUGGAAGAUAAAGAGAAUCAAAUGGUGAACACUCCGCCAUCCAAAGUGCCCAGUAGAGGAGAAGAUCUGACUCCUGCUGUUCAACCUUUGCCACAGAUCUCUCCAGCUACAGUUUCUCCUGUUCAUCUUUCUCCUCCUCUUUCCAAUACAAAUCCUGCUCUAAAGCCAGUUCAGACAUCAGUCUCAGCUGCUCCGGGCAUGGGCAACAUUCCUGCUGAUCCAGAUGAUGAAGAGGGUCUCAAACACUUAGAGCAGCAGGCAGAGAAAAUGGUGGCAUAUCUGCAGGACAGUGCAUUGGAUGAUGAGAGACUAGCAGCAAAACUUCAAGAGCACAGAGCAAAGGGUUCCUCCAUGCCAUUACUCCAUGAAGCCAUGCAGAAGUGGUACUACAAGGAUCCUCAAGGAGAAAUUCAGGGUCCCUUCAGUAACCAGGAGAUGGCAGAGUGGUUCCAGGCUGGGUAUUUUACUAUGUCCCUAUUAGUAAAGAGAGCAUGUGAUGAGAAUUUCCAGCCACUUGGAGACAUCAUGAAAAUGUGGGGCAGGGUUCCCUUCACUCCAGGUCCAGCACCACCUCCACAUCUGGGCGAGAUGGACCAGGAGCGACUAACUAGACAACAAGAACUUACGGCUCUGUACCAAAUGCAGCACCUCCAGUACCAGCAGUUUUUGAUACAACAACAAUAUGCACAGGUGUUGGCACAGCAGCAAAAAGCAGCCCUCUCAUCCCAGCAGCAGCAGCAACUGGCUCUCCUCUUGCAACAGUUCCAGGCCCUGAAGAUGAGAAUAUCUGAACAGAACCUGAUGCCGUCUGUAACAAGGUCUGUGUCAGUGCCGGAUGCUAGCUCAAUUUGGGAGCUUCAGUCCACAGCCUCACAGCCCACAGUCUGGGAAGGAAGCAGUGUCUGGGAUCUCCCCAUUGAUACUGCAGCUCAGGGACCAGCUCUAGAACAACUUCAGCAGCUCGAGAAGGCCAAAGCUGCGAAGCUAGAGCAGGAGAGGAGAGAAGUGGAAAUGAGGGCCAAACGAGAAGAGGAAGAGAGAAAAAGACAGGAGGAACUUCGAAGACAACAAGAGGAGCUACUUAGGAGGCAACAGGAGGAAGAGAGGAAACGACGAGAAGAGGAGGAGCUGGCACGAAGAAAGCAGGAAGAAGCCCUGAGGCGGCAGAGAGAGCAGGAAAUUGCACUAAGACGACAGCAGGAGGAAGAGGAACGACAACAACAGGAGGAAGCACUUAGAAGAUUGGAAGAGAGGAGAAGAGAAGAAGAGGAAAGACGACAGCGAGAAGAGUUGCUUCGUAAACAGGAAGAGGAGGCUGCCAAAUGGGCACGUGAAGAGGAGGAGGCCCAGCGUCGACUAGAGGAAAACCGGUUGCACAUGGAAGAGGAGGCAGCCAGACUACGGCUCGAAGAGGAAGAGCGAAAGCGCAAGGAGCUGGAACUCCAGCGCCAGAAGGAAUUAUUAAGACAAAGGCAGCAGCAACAGGAGGCUCUGCGCCGGUUGCAGCAGCAGCAGCAGCAGCAGCAACUUGCACAGAUGAAGCUCCCUUCUUCUUCAACAUGGGGCCAGCAAUCCAGCUCAGGAGCAUGUCAGUCCCAGACCACAUUAUCAUUGGCAGAAAUCCAAAAGCUUGAAGAAGAGCGAGAACGUCAGCUUCGAGAGGAGCAAAGACGUCAGCAGCGUGAACUGAUGAAAGCCCUCCAGCAGCAGCAGCAACAGCAACAGCAGCAACAAAAAAUGUCAGGUUGGGGUAAUGUCACCAAGCCAACAGGCGCUACCAAAUCUCUCUUGGAAAUACAGCAGGAAGAGGCGAGGCAGAUGCAGAAGCAGCAGCAGCAACAGCAGCCGAACAGAGUCCGCAAUACUACGCAUUCUAACCUGCACAGCAGCAUUGGGAAUUCAGUGUGGGGCUCUCUAAACAGUAAUCCCACCACCCAGUGGGCAUCUGAUCUAGUCAGCAGCAUCUGGAGCAAUGCUGACACCAAAAACUCAAAUAUGGGGUUCUGGGAUGAUGCAGUGAAGGAAAUGGGGCCUCGUAACUCAACCAAUAAAAACAAGAGCAAUGCCAGCCUCAGUAAAUCUAUAGGAAUUACGAGCAGACAGAACAAGAAGGUAGAAGAAGAGGAGAAGCUGCUGAAGUUGUUCCAAGGGGUUAAUAAAGCCCAGGAUGGAUUCACUCAGUGGUGUGAACAGAUGCUACAUGCACUCAACACAGCAAACAACUUGGAUGUUCCCACGUUUGUUUCUUUCCUGAAGGAAGUGGAGUCUCCAUACGAGGUCCACGAUUACAUCAGAGCCUACCUUGGAGAUACCCCUGAGGCCAAGGAAUUUGCCAAGCAGUUUCUAGAGCGCCGUGCCAAACAAAAAGCCAGUCAGCAGCAGCAGCAGGAUUCAGUGUGGGGGAUGAACCAUAGCGCACUGCAUUCCGUCUUUCAGACCAAUCAGAGCAACAACCAGCAAUCCAACUUUGAAGCUGUGCAGAGUAGCAAGAAAAAGAAGAAACAGAAAAUGGUUCGAGCAGAUCCCAGUUUGUUAGGAUUUUCAGUGAAUGCCUCAUCAGAGCGGCUCAAUAUGGGAGAAAUAGAGACUUUGGAAGACUACUGAUCUUGUGCAGAUUGACCGGCUUUUCCAGUGUCUGUUAACCA